UACUAACGAUCAGUCGCACCGGACAGUUCAAAGUGGAAAGAUCGCAAACAAAUCGUGCGGAAUAUACGUAGUGUUAUUUGAACAGAACCAACCACAAAGUUGACGUAUUAAUUAUCACCGUCCGUUUUUUUUUUUGUGGAAGUGGAAGUCUCACGUUAGUGUUUAGUAAAAUAUCCCGUGAUUAGAAAAGAAAAGUUCUUCAACUUAGUGAUUCAACAAUGUCCUGGUACUACACGGCCAAACCCACGGUGAUGCCGGCGGAGAACUUCAACCCAUCGGCAGACGCAGCAGCUCUGCGCAAAGCCAUGAAGGGCUUCGGAACGGACGAGCAAACCAUCAUCGACAUCCUGUGCAGACGGUGCAACUGGCAGCGUCAGGUCAUCGCCGAAACGUUCAAGAACGAACUCGGACGGGAUCUGAUCAAAGAUCUCAAAUCGGAGCUUAGCGGAAGAUUCGAAGAUGUUAUCAUUGGCUUGAUGCAACCACCAGUCAACUACCUCUGCCAACAGCUCUUCAAAGCCAUGGACGGUAUCGGUACCAACGAGCGGGCUCUUAUCGAGAUCCUGUGCUCGCAAAACAAUGAACAAAUGCAUCACAUUGCACGGGUUUACGAGGAAAUGUACAACCGCCCACUGGCGGAGCACGUUUGCACGGAAACUUCCGGUGAUUUCCGGCGAUUGCUCACGUUGAUCAUCACCGGUACACGUGACCCACCGGGAACGGUUGAUCCCGAACACGCCGUCGAACAAGCCAAACAGCUAUACGACGCUGGAGAGGGAAAAUGGGGUACGGACGAGUCCGUUUUCAACAAGAUCCUUGCCCAUUCAAGUUUCGACCAAUUGGAGUACGUGUUCGAGGAGUACAAGAAACUGACCGGACGCACCAUCGAACAGGCCUUGAAGGCCGAACUCAGUGGGGACCUGUACCAUGCGCUCAGUGCCAUAGUGGAGUGCGUCCAGAUGGCGCCACAUUUCUUCGCGACACGGCUCUUCAAAGCCAUGGACGGGUUGGGUACGGAUGACACGACGCUGAUCCGGAUUAUCGUGUCGCGAUCGGAGAUCGACUUGCAGAACAUUAAGGACGAGUACGAACAAAUGUACAACAAAACGCUCGUGAGUGCAGUGAAGAGCGAAACAUCGGGCGAUUACAAAAAAGCACUUUGCACACUGCUUGGAAACGCCUAAACACAAAGAACAUCAAAGCGAAAACGGUGUUCAUAUUUUUAAUGAACGAAUCUAUAUUUUUAAAGAAUUAGUUGUAAGGAAAACUAAUGACAUUCACUAUAAAGUGCCCAGCAUGUGCCAAGGAUUCAAGAGACUACAAUCCAAUUCCUCCACUAUUUGUGUGCUGCAAACAUUGGAAUGGCGCUUUUUAAUUCAUUUGCGGCAGAUUAUAGAUAAACCAACUACCGAUCAAAGAAUAUGAGAGGGCUUUUGUGUUAAUUGUUAAUUGUUCGAAGUAUUGCGUCUGCCUAAAUGUAAAAAGCCAUAUUCCGCAAAUUAUGACACUGAUUAAAGGAUUAAUUUUAAAUGGUAUUGUCCCUACUUAAGAAAUAAAAUAUGAUCAAAACUGUACUAAUUACAACUUUCUUCACAAUGACAACCAUGUAUUAUUAUACAUUUAUGGUAUAAAUAUAAUUGUCUCUUUUAUUAAACUGUA